AUGAUUUACUUUCACGGCAACGGCGAAGACAUCGGCUGCUGCAUCGAAACGUGCUCUCGCUUGGCGGACGCUCUCAACGCCGUGGUCUUCGUCCCCGAAUACCCGGGCUAUGGAGCUUCGCGCGGCACGCCAUCAUCCGAGAGCAUCGACGCGAUUGCCCGUGCGGUAACAACCUCGAUCUGCUCGCAAAUUCAAGUACCGCCCUCCCGUAUCAUCAUCAUGGGCCGCUCUAUUGGCACAGGCGCAGCAGCAGCACUCGCAGCGUGGCUUAACAGCCCGAGUUCAACUAUGAACAACCGCCAGCCCGCGGCGGCACUCAUACUGCACUCGCCGUACACAAGCAUCCGUGACAUGGCGAAAAGCAUCGUCGGGGCCGUGGGAGGUCUCAUUCUUCAGCGGUGGAACACUGCAGACAACCUUAAGCGCGCCGGCUGCCCAAUCCUCAUCCUGCACGCACCCAAUGACGACGUGAUACCCUUCCGACAAGGCGAGUGCUUGUUUAACGCG